AUGACAUACUAUUACAUGCACGAUAGCAAAAGGUUGCUAUGUUUGCUAAUGUUUGUGUUUGCAGUUGCUGCUAUUAUGGAAACUUCAUUGACAGAAGGAAGGGGAGUUUAUCGUUUGAAUGACAUAGGAAGAUCCAGAAGGCUAGUAGAUAUUGGAGGAAACAUGAAAAGACUUGGAGCCCUUGCAGCGUUCCUUCCAAAAGGUCUUGUGCCACCUUCUGGCCCAAUCUCGCAAGAGGCUUCUGUAGAAGCAACAUUCUUCUAA